AUGCCACCAAUUCGCUCUGAAUCUCGGCAGAAACUAGCCAAUCAAGAGGGCAAGAUUUUAUUAGCCCUCAACGAUAUCGAAAAGGGCCGUGUCAAUUCUAUUCGCGCAGCAGCGAGGCUAUACGAAAUACCCCAUACAACCUUAGCCGGUCGCGCUAAAGGUGUGAAAGCACGCGUCGAAAAACCACUAAAUGGGCAAUACCGCAUCGACCAGCCCGAUCAAUUCAUGGCGGCACAUGAGCGCAAGCUGCAGGUGUUUGCGGCGCUCGUUGAUUCCUUCCAGAGCGUGCACGGCUUCUCCGGGAUCCUACCGACAGCAACACUCAUCGUGCCUCCUGCAACUCUGCAGGACGCUCUGAAGCAGAUGGGGACGCUCCUCCGUGUUGGAUCGUUGCUGAUUCCUGGUGAUCUGCCUGCUCCACCCGCUGCAUCAGCGGACUCUACGGUCGUAUCAUCUGCUGCUGUCCUCCCCAUUGAUGCCCCUGCCGAGGGAUCAUGGAGUUGGAUACAGCCUCUCAAGUUGGAAGACUCAGGUAGCCGUCAAUUCUCGCUGACUCCAGCGUCCAAGUUGUUUGCUGUGCCGGAUGGGCCGCAGACCGUGGUCGAGGGAUAUCUAAAGCUGGAUACUGUAGAUGUCCUUGAUCAAUGA